AUGGCGGCGCGCCGGGGACGGAGAGACGGAGUCGCGCCGCCCCCGGGCGGGGGCCCCGGGCCGGGGCCUGGCGGCGGGGUCCUCAGCGGUGGUUGGGGCGCCCGGAGUCAAGCACCGUAUGGGAGCGCGGGCUCUGUGAGCGGUGCGGAGCAGGUGCUGCUGCAUGAGGAAGGGGGUGAUUCUGGUUUUGUCAGUCUAGCUCGUUUGGGCCCCUCUCUGCGAGACAAGGACUUGGAGAUGGAGGAGCUGCUGCUGCAGGAUGAGACCCUGCUGGGGACCAUGCAGAGCUACAUGGAUGCCUCCCUCAUCUCCCUCAUUGAGGAUUUCGGGAGCCUCGGGGAGGGCCGGCUGUCUCUGGAAGACCAGAACGAAGUGUCGCUGCUGACAGCUUUGACUGAAAUCUUGGACAAUGCCGAUUCCGAGAACCUGUCUCCGUUCGAUAGCAUUCCCGACUCGGAGCUCCUUGUGUCACCUCGGGAAGGAGCCUCGCUGCACAAGCUACUUACCCUGUCUCGGUCACCCCCGGAUCACGACCUGAUUGCCUCAGGUGACCCUUUGGGGCCGACCACAGGCAGUAGCAGAGUCGAUAUGGCCCUUGCAGCAGAUUCUUGGGAUUUCCCCCCACCUUCUUUCUUGGAGACUUCUUCCCCCAAGCUUCCUAGCCGGAGGACCCCGAGGUCACGACCCCGCUGGGGGUCGUCCUCACCUCCUCCGCAGCGAAGUGAUGGAGAAGAGGAGGAGGAGGUAGCUGGCUUCAGUGCCCAGGUGCUUGCUGGGGAGUUUGACAACUCAGGGAGUCACAUCCUAGACUUCCCCAUGUACCUGGCCUGCCCCGAGGAGGAAGAGGAAGAUGCAGCAGCAGAGACGGCGGCACCAUCCGUCGGUGACGAGAGCAUCUCCUCCCUGAGUGAGCUGGUGCGGGCCAUGCACCCAUACUGCUUGCCCAACUUCACCCACAUGUCAUCGCUUGAGGACGAGCUUCUAGAGCAGCCCGAGGACCUGAUGCUGUCCGAGGAUUGUGUGGUGCUGGAGAUUGUGGGCCAUGCGGCUACUGCUGGCGAUGAGCUGGAAAUACCAGUGCUGGUGCGGCAGAUCCCUACCGGACCGCAGCCUGUGCUGAAUGACUCGCUAGAGGCUAACAGGGCUCUGCAGUUGCUCAUGCCCACUCCAGAGUCCGAGAGAGAGGCCAAUGUGCCCCAGGAAGAGGCAAGACUAGACUCAGCAUGUUUGUUGGAGCCCAAGGAGGUCAUGGAAGCUGGGGUGCCCGAGGAGCCUCCAAACCCCUCUGCGAGCACCAUGCUUGGGUCCCUGAGAGCUCGGAAGGGAAGGAGGAAGAAGAGCAAAGAUCAGUCCACAGCUUGUGUGGAAGGCUGUGCCAGGAGGCUGAGGUCAUCCGCUCGUGGGCAGUCGGCUGUGGCCUUGGAGGCCACUUCUCAAGCAGGCAAUUUGCAGAAGCAGCCUAGGGAGGAACUUCAAAGAAAGCUGGGGCCUCCUGGGGGUGGAGGUAAGCCCCGGGCCUGGGUUCGGGCCUGGGCAGCUGUCUUGGAUCAGACCAGCACAGAGAACCUGGAGCGUGGUACUGGACAGGCUAGUCCUACUAAAGGUGGACCUUUGGAUCUCCACCCCAAAGUGGUGGACGCGCCCCAAGCCGACCCUGAUCUUGCCCCUCUCUCCGUGAUUGGAUCUGCUCAAGCCAACCCUAUAGCAGUUGACUCUGUUGAAUCGGUUCCUACUGUCGUUGAACCCGUUGUAGCUGACCCUGCACUAGUUGACCAAACCUCAGCCAGCUCCGAGCUGGUCGACCGUCUGGCGCAUGAGUCAGUCUUGGCUGACGCAGCCACCACGGACCCUGCAGUGGUUGUUUCCAAUGCAGAUGAUCUGGCAUCGGUUGACCCUGCUCCCGAUGACCUUGCUCCUGUCAAACCUGUGUGUGUGAAGUCCAGGCCAACUGAUCUCAGGCGUCGUGCAGCAUCAGCAACCCCGGGGAGCGUGGAGUCGGAGUCCUCAGAUGACCCAAAAGCCACCUCUGACGUCAAGGAAGCAGUGGGACCCCUGAAAGUAGAAAGUGGUCCUAAUGCCACAACCCAGGAAGCCAGACCUCGGCCCCUCAGCCUGUCCGAGUAUUGGCGACGAAGGCAGCAACGCCAAGCAGAGACAGAAGAGAAGAGUGCCCAGCCACCAGCUGGGAAAUGGCCCAGCCUCCCAGAGACCCCCACAGGGCUGGCAGACAUCCCUUGUCUUGUCAUCCCACCAGCUCCAGCCAAGAAGACAGCUCUGCAGAGAACCACUGAAACUUUACUUGAGCCUCCUCCCGAGGCGGGUGCUGUGCCUGUGGGUCCCACCCCUGCUGCUUCCAGUCCUGAGCCAUCGUCAAGCAAACCUGUGGCCUCAACUCCCAUGGAGCAGGUGCCAUCCCAAGAGAUGCUACUGCCUCCAAGACCACCACCUCCUGUUGGCCCAAUGCCUCCCAUAAUGCCCACUCUGCCUUUUCCUCCAGCGGGGCUAGGCAUGCCUCCCAUGUUACCCCUUCCCCCAAGUGGGCAGGGGCUCCCUGGCCUGCCUCCACCACCUUUGCAGACUCCAAGUCUUCCGAUGUGUAGGGGGCCAGUGCCACCUGACCCUUACAGCCAUUAUGCUUCUGUGCCGCCUUGGCCUUGUUAUCCACCUGUGCCCCCUUCUAGAUAUCCCUGCCUGCCCCCACCACCGGGGCCUGUAGUGUCUGGUACUCCUGGCACCUAUGCUGUGCCUCCCACUUGCAAUGUGCCUUGGGUACCCCCUCCAGCCCCAGUCCCACCCUAUAGUUCCACCUGUUCUUAUGGACCUGUGGGAUGGGGCCCAAGCCCGCAGCCGCCUCCAUUCUGGCCUUCGGUGCCUCCGCCUCCUUUACCUCCAGCCUCUGUUGGGAGAGUUGCUCCCCCACCCCAAGUAGCUCCCAGUGACAUCCCAGCUGACCCUUCUGAAAGUGUACUUCCGGUGCCUGUGGCUCCGUCUGUCAGCCUUGGGCCCACUGGCCGGGGCGCCUCGCCGAUAGAGCCCACCAAGCCAGUGCCUGUGUCUCCCCCCCUGAAACACAAGGUGGCUUCCCCAGUGCAAAGUCCCCAGAGCCAGGCCCCACCCUGCCUAGCUGCUGAGGGGGCGGCUGUUGAGCUCGUGUCGGGGAGGCCAAAGCCUGAGACCCAGGAGACCAGGCAACAGGAGAAGCUCCCCUCUCUUGCUGCCAAGGCUGUGCCCAAACCAAGGCAGAGUGUUGGCACCAAGCUGCCUGCUCUUCACCCAGCCUGUCUAAGGAAACUAUCCUUCCUGCCUGUCCAACGCACCCAGGGUCCCGAGGACGUGGUGCAGGCUUUCAUCAGUGAGAUUGGCAUUGAGGCGUCGGACCUGUCCAGUCUGCUGGAGCAAUUUGAGAAAUCAGAAGCCAAAAAGGAGUGCCCUCCCCCGGCUCCUGCUGACAGCUUGGCUGUAGGAAACUCGGGCAGCGGUGACCCUUCCCAGGAGAAGAAGCCCCUGGACCGGUUACAAGCCCCAGAACUGGCCAACGUGGCAGGGCUCACCCCUCCAGCCACCCCUCCCCACCAGUUAUGGAAGCCCCUGGCUGCUGUUUCUCUGCUGGCCAAAGCCAAAUCUCCUAAGUCCAACGCCCAGGAGGGAACCCUGAAGCCUGAAGGAGUCACAGAGGCCAAACAUCCAUCUACAGCCCGCCUCCAAGAAGAGGCCCCUGGCCCUAGUCCAGUCCACGUGGGCUCCGGGGAUCAUGACUAUUGUGUCCGGAGCAGGACCCCCCCAAAAAAGAUGCCUGCCUUAGUCAUUCCAGAGGUGGGCUCCCGAUGGAACGUCAAACGCCAUCAGGACAUCACCAUCAAGCCCGUGUUGUCCCUGGGCCCAGCUGUCCCCUUGGCCCUCCCCACAGCUGCCUCCCAGGAGCCACUUGAUCACAGGACUAGCAUUGAGCAGGCAGAUGCCCCAGCUGCCUGCCUUGCCCCGUCCACUUUGCUGUCCCCUGAGGCCUCACCCUGCCGGAAUGAAAUGAACACUAGGACUCCCCCUGUGUCCUCAGCCAAGCAGCGGUCAAUGCGCUGUUACCGAAAGGCUUGCAGGUCAGCCAGCCCCCCAAGCCUGUGCUGGCAGGGUCGUCGGGGCUGCAGCAGCCGGUCUGUCAGCUCUGAGUCCAGUGGGACCAGUGAAGCGUCUUCCUCCGCAUCAUCUUCGUCAUCCUCAUCCCGGUCCCGGUCCCGGUCCCUCUCCCCUCCCCACAAGAGGUGGCGAAGGUCCAGCUGCAGCUCCUCCGGGCGUUCUCGAAGAUGUUCUUCCUCUUCCUCCUCCUCUUCCUCCUCCUCAUCGCCUGCCUCGUCAUCUUCCUCCAGUUCGAGAAGCCGGUCCCGCUCCCCAUCCCCCCACCGGAGGAGUGACAGGAGGCGGCGGUAUAGCUCUUACCGUUCUCAUGACCAUUACCAAAGGCAGAGAGUGCUGCAGAAGGAGCGUGCAAUAGAAGAGAGAAGGGUGGUCUUUAUUGGGAAGAUCCCUGGCCACAUGACUCGGUCAGAGUUGAAACAGAGGUUCUCUGUUUUCGGAGAGAUUGAGGAGUGCACCAUCCACUUCCGUGUCCAGGGCGACAACUAUGGCUUCGUCACUUAUCGCUACGCUGAGGAGGCAAUUGCCGCUAUCGAGAGUGGGCACAAGCUGCGACAGGCAGAUGAACAACCUUUUGAUCUUUGCUUUGGGGGCCGCAGGCAGUUCUGCAAGAGGAGCUAUUCUGAUCUUGACUCCAACCGGGAAGACUUUGACCCUGCCCCUGUAAAGAGCAAAUUCCAGUCUCUUGACUUUGACACGUUGUUGAAACAGGCCCAGAAGAACCUCCGGAGGUAACCCUGGGCUCUCCUUGCCCCCUUUGGAGGUGCCCAAACUCCUCCACCCCCCUCCCCCACUCUAGGGGAGAGAGCUGCUAGUGAGGAGAUGACUGUUUUAUAAAGAAAUGAAAAAAAUGAAAUAAGAAAAGUAUAAAAUCAGAUUUUUUUAAGGGGUAUUUGUUUUUUAUAACAGGUAUUGAAACGAUAACUUGCAUUCCUCUAUAAGGUGGGUGGGGCUGAGGGGUUCCCACGGUGUUUGGGACGUCAAAGUCACUAUGCAGACUAAUAAACAUGAACUAGAGUGAA